UGAUGAAGACCGGCUCUAUAUAAAGGCUUAAAUUGUAUCGAUAUCACAUAAACAAACAAAAAGCAGAGACAAAAGAAAGUGUCAAAGCUAGCCAAGGAAGAUCAGACCAGACCAGACCAGAGAAAUGGCUAACAAGCAUCGAUUUGGCCCAAUCUUCUUCAUCUUUCUGUCGUUGUUGCCCUUACUCUUGCAGUUUUCUUCUGCUACAGGCGAUCUCCAAUUGGAUUACUAUAAUGAUAGUUGCCCAAGAGCUGAAGAAAUCAUCAAAGAACAAGUCAACAACCUCUACCACAAGCAUGGAAACACUGCGGUUUCAUGGAUCAGAAAUCUCUUCCAUGAUUGCAUCGUUAAGUCGUGCGAUGCAUCACUGCUGCUGGAGACGAAAUAUGGCAUACUCUCGGAGCAGAGUUCAGAGAAGAGUUUCGGGAUGAGAAAUUUUAAAUACAUCGUCACCAUCAAAGAGGCUCUCGAGAGCGAGUGCCCCUUGGCCGUUUCUUGUGCUGAUAUCGUUGCUCUUUCUGCUAGAGACGGUGUUGCCCUGCUGGGAGGGCCACAGAUUGCAAUGAAAACAGGGAGGAAGGACAGCAAAGAAAGUUAUGCUGCAGAGGUGGAAGAGCUCAUCCCUAACCACAACGAUACCAUGUCUUCGGUUCUGUCGCGAUUUCAAUCCGUUGGCAUCGAUACUGAAGGGACAGUUGCACUUUUAGGGGCACACUCAGUGGGGAGAACCCAUUGCACAAACCUUGUAGACAGGCUCUACCCAACAGUGGAUCCUAGCUUGGACCCUGGCCAUGCUGAAUACCUAAAACGUCGAUGCCCUUCACCGUAUCCCGAUAUGGAGGCCGUGGAAUACUCGCGGAACGACCUAAAAACGCCGAUGGUGUUGGACAACAUGUAUCACAAGAACCUAUUGAGCCACAAGGGGCUGUUAUCGGUUGAUCAGCAACUGGCUUCCGAUCCUGCAACGUUGCCUUUUGUGGAGAAAAUGGCGUCCGACAACGGCUACUUCCUUGAGCAGUUUUCCAGGGCAAUGGUCGUGCUAUCGGAGAACAAUCCGAUUACUGGAGAUGAAGGAGAGAUAAGGCGGGAUUGUCGUUACGUGAACCGGGAUUAAAUUGCGAAAAUCGUCAUGCGCUAUGGGGCAAUAAAAUUGUGUCCGCAAAUUACUAUUAAGGAAUGAUUCGAGAAUUAGUACCAAAUUGCUAGUGACAUUAUAGAAGAAUACUCAGAUUAAAGAUUUUUCUC